GCUGGCCACUCGCACUGCAUGCUUUUUAAAUUCACACCACCAACCUCCAGACGUCGUUUCCUUUUGCCUAGGAGAUGAUGGACAGCAGGAUACUGGAUCCACCUCAUGCCCAGUUCGGAGGCUCUCUCGGCGGGAUGGUGGGCUUUCCGUACCAUCUAAGCCACCAUCAUGUUUACGAAUUAGCCGGUCAUCAACUUCAAUCUGCGGCCGCAGUUCCUUUUUCAAUAGACGGAUUACUUAAUGGUUCCUGCACAGCUUCAGUGGUUAAUUCGAACCCCCUCUUGUCUGGCUGUGGUAUGAAUGGAGAUAACCAGCAGUACAAGCUGACAGAUUCGUGUGACCCAGACAAGGAUAGCCCCGGUUGUAAGAGACGACGAACUCGCACAAAUUUCACUGGUUGGCAACUGGAAGAAUUAGAAAAGGCUUUUAAUGAGAGUCACUAUCCCGACGUGUUCAUGAGGGAAGCACUGGCUCUGAGAUUGGACUUGAUAGAAUCGAGGGUACAGGUAUGGUUCCAAAAUCGUAGAGCUAAGUGGAGGAAAAAAGAAAACACAAAGAAGGGUCCAGGGCGACCAGCUCACAACUCCCACCCAACAACAUGCAGUGGAGAGCCCAUGGACGCGGAGGAGAUCGCCAGGCGAGAGCUGGAGAGGAUGGAGAAGAAGAAGAGGAAGCAGGAGCGAAGACUGUUGAGGUCCCAGAAUAAACUUUUGUCAGGGGACCUAUUUCACACCCCAGGAUCUGACAGUGACAGUGGAGUGUCACAAGUGACAGACAGUGAACAAAAUCCACAUUGUGACUCUGUAGGCCGAAACCAAACCCAAUCGAGCUGUGACCAAACACCACAAACCCUCCAGAACCAAAGACACUUGAACCAAGAUGCUGGUGGAUCCGAGCUGGACUCGUCCGACAGCAGUCAACAGUCAAGCAUGUGCGCCAAUAGCAGAGUCUCCAACCUUCAGAAACUGAACCCAUUCAGCGUAGAAAGCCUUCUAUCCGACUCCAGACCAAGGCGCAAACCGAACAUAGAUGGAUUUUCUGCCUUACCCUCCUCGCGGCCUUUGAUAGGGAAAGGACAUUUCUUACUCUAUCCUAUCACCCAGCCGCUUGGAUUCAUUGUUCCUCAGACUGCUUUGAAGACAACACCAUCAGAUUCAGAUGCUGACAACUCCACACAAAGAACCCCAGUGAAUGACAGCAGCUUAUCUGCCAAUACUGGACAUAAAAACCAUAAGGAGUCCAACAAUCUCAACGACGCGAAAGCAAUCAAAGUGCAGGUCAACUUUACCCCGAAAAAUACUAGUUCCCCACAGAACAGCCCAGGCCAUGUUACCUUUUCCAGUAGAAACUGUAGUCAGUCUUCAGCCAGUUGUAGUGCAACAUAUUUCCAAGAUGAUGAUGAUUCAAAGUAUCUGCCAUUAGACAAAAAAGAGCAGUCUGUAAAAGACUACCCAGAGAGUUCCGAGUCUGUGACAACCAACUGUCCACCAGAGACAAAGACAGAGACUCAAGAUGUCGAUAUGGAAUAAUAGACCUAUAGGUGAGAAACAAUAUUGAUAGCGUCAACAACACCUUUCAUUUGCCCAAAGCCCAAUCACGUUUUAGAAUAUAAAUUCUCAUUUUACAGAUGACAUAUAUAGCCCAUUUUCUGACGAUGAUGGGUUAUAACUGUGUGUGUGUUUGUUGCGUGCGUGCGUGUAUAUGUGCACGUGUGUGUGUGGUGGUGGUGGUGGUAGUAGUACAAGCCCCCCCCCCCCCCUCCUGUGUAACGAACUGUAAAAAUACAUAAAAACCACAAAAAUCC